CUUACUGAGUGGUCCAUUAUUUGAAGAACAAUUUCGCAAUUAUUGAAAUUCAAAGACUUUGCGUUAUUCAUCAUGUCACACCAAUCUCAGCCUCAGGCUUCUGAUCCAGAGAUAGGGGUGAUCCAAACAGAGGGAGCAUUUCGUAUAAAUUACGAGCUUGUUAUGACAGGCUACCCCCACCCUUGAAAAAAACUCUAAAAUGGAUGAGUAAGAAAUUAGAAAUAGGUUCUACUUGGGGAAGCGGCCUAUAUAUUGCGGCUUAUAUAAUUGUUAUCGUAAUACAUCCUUUGCAUUACUACGCUUAUGUGAUCAAACAAGAUCAAAAUUGUCUCGAAAUCGACAAUGAAUUAUAUGCCACGGUUGCUCCUGUCCUCUUCUUUAAUGCUUAUAUGAUGCUCUAUACUCCCUAUUUUUUUAAAAGAGUCAUUGCACCUCGUAAUUCUAAAACCGUGAUCGGACAUUUUAUCUUUACUCAAAUACCAAUAUUGUUCAUGACAUUGACAGUUAUUCUUGAUUUGACAACGGGAACGACAGACAAGAUCUUUUUGACGAUAGCUAACUUGUUUCUUUUCGGAUAUAUUCUACUGGUUAUUGGACUGUCAUUAACUAUUAAAUAUGCUACUGAGGGUACUAGCUAUCUUGCCCAUGCUAAGUGGUCAAUGCUAUACACAAUCUUUUUCUUUACCUGCUUGGAGGUCACUUGUUUCGGCCAAAGCCUGUUACCAAGUACAUUUAUCACGGAAAAUAUUUUUGUGGUUUCUAUAAUCAUCUAUUCCACGGUGCUGUUUGUCUUUUUAAUCGGAAAUAUGCAGACAUAUCUGGCACCCGAAGAUAAGCAGACGGAGUCAGAGAAAAAAGAAAAAGAGAUGUCGGUUCUAUUGCCUAUACAUGAGGAGAUGACGUUGUUUCAGGUACAAGAACCGGAGCAGUCGACUUUAAUAUUGAAGGAGCAAACGGCGGAGCAGUGCGUGUCCUUCCGGAAGCUCCGUCAAGAAUUGCAAAUGGAGGUGAUAAACAAUUUGCAGCUAAACAAAUGGCGAGCAACCAAAAUUCUUCACAUAGAAACUUUGUUCAAUAUUCUUCCUGAGGAUCUCCUCAGAGACAUAAAGAUCGAACUUUGCUUACCGCAGUUGAGGAAUAUCAAGGUAGAAGAGUUUCGAAACUUGGGGGAACUAGCGUUGAAGGAUCUGUGUUAUCAUGUCAAGCUAGUUUUCUAUCUUGACCGCACUCUGAUUUUCCGGGAAGGAGACCCGAUUACCGAGAUGCUCUUCGUGCUGCACGGAGAAAUACGGACACACAACUCCAGAGGCAUUGGUUAUUUGAAAGAUGGUGGAUUCUUUGGGAAAGAACUUGUCACCUCGUUUAAUAAUCAGGCUGAAGCCUACUUAUCCAGCCUCCCAAUCUCACCAAGAACUGUUCAGGCAAUUACGAAUGUGGAAGCCUUUGUUCUCAUGGCUUAUGACUUGAAGAAAAUAUUUACUAAGCACAAUCAGCAGCAAACAAAUUAAACCUUAGAUGAUUUCAGAAGGACAAUAAAUAUAUUGGUCAGAUAUUUUGAUUAAUUGAUUUAUGAUUUGUCAGUUAUAAAAUAUAAAACAUUCAUCAGCUUAACUUGUUUGAAAGGUUUUAGUAGUGGAGGCAGAAAUAAAUGAAUUACUCUGUGUGAAGUACUAUUUGUCUUUAAAAUUUCUUGUUGG